AUAAAGAGCGAACACGCUCUGGACACAGUGCGGACUAACGAGGCGUGGCUACUGGCAGGUGACUUGCACUUUAAUCUAAGGAUUUUCUCUUCCGGAGAUCAACACAUUUACUCUGCAAUAUGCCUAAGUGUCCCAAAUGCACCAAGGAAGUUUACUUCGCGGAGAGGGUGACCUCCCUGGGGAAGGACUGGCACAGGCCGUGUCUGAAGUGUGAGAAGUGCAGCAAGACUCUGUCCCCUGGCUCGCACGCAGAGCAUGAAGGGAAGCCGUACUGCAACAAACCCUGUUACUCAGCACUCUUUGGACCCAAAGGGUUUGGGCAUGGAGGCACUGAAAGUCACAGCUUCAACUAGAGCCCGUGGACGGUUACUCACUGAAGGAUGGCUGCCCAGAGACGGACAACACUUGAGUCACCUUGUAAUCGAUAUGCUUUUAAACCAAAGAAAAGUUUGACUGAAAUAUUUCUUGUUUCAUAAUUAGUAAUUAGUUAACUCAUCGAUAUCACUUGUUGUACUUGUCUGAUGAACGUACCAGGCCUUUGCUGUGCCUGAUUGUGAAGGUUCGGAUUUUUUCACCUGUACUUUAAAGGGUUUUAUAACAAUCGCUUAAAUCCAUUGUUUUUUGUUUGUUUUGUUUUGGUUUUCAUCAAUUAAAAUAAUCUACCCGA